UUCAUUCGAACCGAAAACACACCCAACGACCACGAUGACAACGAACCGAACCACCAGACUUCUGGUGUUGCUAGUGUUGACCUCCCUGGUGGCGAGACACCAGGCCAAUGCCGCCGCCGUGGGACUGAAGUGCGGCGGGAAGAGCGCCGUCUGCGUGGGACCCCUCUCCUACCAGCAGUGCGUGGAUGACCUGACCUCCGGUCCGGUGGUGCCAUGCCAGGUGAACACCCGCUGCGUCACCGACGGCCUCGAGAUCUGUGUGCCGGUCAAGUCGGCCGCCGAGGCUCCGACGGCGGCUGUGGCCAAGAUGGUCACCAUCACCGACAGCCCCGUCAGCGAGUCCGCUUCGCUGGUGGAGGUCAGUUCCAGCUCCAUCGCUUCCGGCGCAGAGAUCUCCACCGAGGGACCAAGUGCUCCGCUUGUAAGCACCCUUGCUCCCGUGGAAACCACCCAAGUUUGGGUUGAGGCCACCCUUGGUCUUGUUUCCACCCAAGCUCCGAUUGAAACCACCCAGGCUUCCGUGGAAACCACCUUAGGUCCGGUUGAGACCACCCAAGCUCCCGCCGAGACGACCACCGCGGCCAUCGAUGAGACCACAACUGGAUCGGAUGCCCCUCUGGAGACGGAGUCCACCGUUCCUAGUGAUACCACUCCCGUGGACACCACUUUGGCACCCGGAUCGGAACACACUAACCCAACCAUCGAACCCAACACCACCGUGGCUCCCGAAGGCACCACAGUGGCUCCUGGACAAGAUCCCAACGCUCCCGCGGGAACUACACCGGCUCCCGGUGAAGCCGACCCCAACUCGACAAUCGAUCCCAAUUCCCCACAAGACCCAAAUGCUCCCGAAGAAUCUACUAACGAACCCGGCUUAACCGACCCCACCACCCCCGCAUCUCCUGGUUCUCCAUCUGAGGAUUCCACCGUCGAACCCGGAACUCCCGGUGAUAUAACCACUCUUGCUCCGGAAUCUCCUGCCGAUGUAACCACUACUGCUCCUGGUGAUCCCGCUGAUGUGACCACUGGUGGUCCUGGCUCUCCCGCCGAAGGGUCCCCUGCUGCUCCUGGUUCUCCUGCCGAAGGCUCCCCUGCAGCUCCUGGCUCUCCCGCCGAAGGAUCCCCUGCUGCUCCUGGCUCUCCCGCUGAAGUAACCACUGCCGCUCCUGGUUCUCCCGCCGAAGGAUCCCCCGCACCUCCUGGUUCUCCUGCCGAAGGAUCCCCUGCUGCUCCUGGCUCUCCCGCCGAAGGAUCCCCCGCUGAUGUUACUCCUGCCGCCCCUGGAAAUCCUGCUGUCCCCGACGUUCCGGCUGGUGGUGCUCCUGCUGAUGGUGGUGCUCCUGCUGGCGGUACUCCUGCUGAUUCCAACGCUCCUGCUGGUGGUGCUCCUGCUGAUUCCAACGCUCCUGCUGGUGGUGCUCCUGCUGGUGGUGCUCCUGCUGGCGGUGCUCCUGCUGGCGGUGCUCCUGCUAAUUCCAACGUUCCUGCUGGUGGUGCUCCUGCUGAUUCCAACGCUCCUGCUGGUGGUGCUCCUGCUGGUGGUGCUCCUGCUGGCGGUGCUCCUGCUGGUGGUGCUCCUGCUGAUUCCAACGCUCCUGCUGGUGGUGCUCCUGCUGAUUCCAACGCUCCUGCUGGUGGUGCUCCUGCUGGUGGUGCUCCUGCUGAUUCCAACGCUCCUGCUGGUGGUGCUCUUGCUGAUUCCAACGCUCCUGCUGGUGGUGCUCCCGCUGGUGGUGCUCCUGCUGGUGGUGCUCCUGCUGACUCCAACGUUCCUGCUGGUGGUGCUCCUGCUGGCUCCAACGUUUCCGCUGGUGGUGCUCCUGCUGGCGGUGCUCCUGGUGGCUCCAACGUUCCCGCUGGUGGUGCUCCUGCUGGUGGUGCUCCUGCUGGUUCCAACGUUCCUGCUGGUGGUGCUCCUGCUGGUGCCAACGUGCCUGCUGGUGGUGCUCCUGCUGACUCCAACGUUCCUGCUGGCGGUGCUCCUGCUGGUUCCAACGUGCCUGCUGGUGGUGCUCCUGCUGACUCCAAUGUUCCUGCUGGCGGUGCUCCUGCUGGCUCCAACGUUCCCGCUGGUGGUGCUCCUGCUGGUUCCAACGUGCCUGCUGGUGGUGCCCCUGCUGGUUCCAACGUGCCUGCUGGUGGUGCUCCCGCUGGUGGUGCUCCUGCUGGUGGUGCUCCUGCUGACUCCAACGUUCCUGCUGGUGGUGCUCCUGCUGGUGGUGCUCCUGCUGACUCCAACGUUCCUGCUGGUGGUGCUCCUGGUGGCUCCAACGUGCCUGCUGGUGGUGCCCCUGCUGGUUCCAACGUGCCUGCUGGUGGUGCUCCUGCUGAUUCCAACGUUCCUGCUGGUGGUGCUCCUGCUGGUGGUGCUCCUGCUGAUUCCAACGCUCCUGCUGGUGGUGCUCCUGCUGGCGGUACUCCUGCUGAUUCCAACGCUCCUGCUGGUGGUGCUCCUGCUGGUUCCAACGUUCCUGCUGGCGGUGCUCCUGGUGGCUCCAACGUUCCCACUGGUGGUGCUCCUGCUGGUGGUGCUCCUGCUGGUUCCAACGUUCCUGCUGGUGGUGCUCCUGCUGGUGGUGCUCCUGCUGACUCCAACGUUCCUGCUGGCGGUGCUCCUGCUGGUUCCAACGUGCCUGCUGGUGGUGCUCCUGCUGACUCCAAUGUUCCUGCUGGUGGUGCUCCUGCUGGUGGUGCUCCUUCUGGUGGUGCUCCUGCUGGUGGGGCCCCUGCUGAUUCCAACGUUCCCGCAGGCGGUUCUCCUGCUGGUUCCAAUGUUUCCGCUGGUGGCGCUCCAGGAUCAUCUCCUGCUGGUUCUAACAGUCCCGCUGGCUCAGUCAUUCCAUCGAUUCCUUUACUGCCUGGCGGAGCUGGCUCUUGGCAGCCCCGCCCGAACAUUCCCAUCUUCCCCCCGAUCUGGAGGCCUCAUCUCCCUGGACAAGAUGGUUCAGGUGCCGAAGCUUCUGCUCCUGGCAGUGGCUUGAUCAAUGGCAGCGUCAACCCGCCCCAACGUCCCCAUCCCUUCUGGCCCAACUGGCAGAACUGGGUGAACAGCUGGCGACCAACCAAACCGGUGACCAGCACAGAAGCUCCUGCCCAGCCGGAGAGCCCCGAGCAGCCCGAAAACAACAAGCCCGAAAAUGCCGAAAGCGUAGAGCAGGCUGCCCCAGUUCCACCAGCAGGAGGAGCUGCGUCCAACGAGAAUGCCUCCGUUGAGGAGGGCAACAAGGCCUCCAGCGAGAAGUCCAAGGACAAGCCCAAGACCGCUGAGGAUCAGUCCAAGGAGCAGGAGCAGAAGAAAUCCAGCUCUGAGGAGAAGAAGGACAAGGACAGUCAGGACAAGAAGGACAAGGACAGUCAGGAGAAGAAGGACAAGGACAGCCAGGAUAAAAAGGACAAGGACAGUCAGGGGAAGAAGGACAAGGACAGUCAGGAUAAGAAGGACAAGUCCAAGGACUCCAAGGAGGAGAAGGACAACGAGUCGCAGAAGGACAACGAGGGCGACGACGAGCUGAGCUCCAAGGAGAAGAAGCAGUACGUCAAGGACCUGAUCAAGAAGCUGAAGAAGGGCGACGAGUGCGACGAGGACGACGUCUAUCCGGAUGUCCGGGACUGCCGCAAGUACUACCGCUGCGAGGUGAAGAACUCCGGCAAGCACAAGUUCGCCCAUUUGCGAUGCGACAAGAAGGAGCGCUUCGACUGGCUAGCCCAGUCCUGUGUGCCCAAGGACGAGGCCCGCUGCCUGGAGAAAUAGGACAUCCACGGCUCCGCACGAUAAUCUCACAAUCAACUGCACUGUUCUAUAUUGGCAAUGAUAUUCUAUCUCUAACUCUUGGUCUUACCUAAUUUAUUGCACUAUUUUAAAACCUUUGUUUUUUUUGUUUUCCGCAUUAAAUCUUAAACUUUAUGAAAAUCUGGCAAA